AGGGGGAGAUCUGACUCUGCUACGGUGCUGGUCGCAGAAUGAGUGCGUCACUCUGACUGCGCUGAGGGCUGGUGUGCAUGGUUGAGGGUGCAGAGGGAUUAAUCCGGUUUAUUUACUGUUGAAUUAAACACUUUUUAACUGUUUAUAGCGCGCGGCAGCAUGGCAGAAGCAAUACAGAAGAAACUGCAGGCUGAACUGGAGAAAUACCAGCAGGUCCAGAAAGACGUCAGUAAAAGCAUGUCAGCUCGACAGAAGCUGGAGGCUCAGCUGACAGAGAAUAACAUAGUAAAGGAGGAGCUGCAUCUGUUAGACAGCCAGAAUACAGUUUACAAGCUGAUUGGUCCAGUACUGGUAAAACAAGAUCUAGAUGAAGCCAAAGCAACAGUGGGCAAAAGGCUGGAGUAUAUAAAUGGUGAAAUCCAACGCUACGAAACGUUACUGAAGGAUAUGGAGCGAAAGUCUGAGCAGCAUCGAGAAGUUCUGGCUAGUCUGCAGCAGGAGUACCAGCGUGCCCAGGGCAUUCCCGUCGCAAAAGCUUGACCGAUGAGUGGAUUAAGAAUAUGCCGUUAUAUUUAGACAUCUUUUGUUUGUUUGGCCCCGUCAAUCACCUCCCUGACAGACUGUUUGUUCAUGCUUCUUCAGCAUUUCACUAAAGAGAAUGUUUGAGUUUUGUUUGCCAGUAUUGUGAAUAAAUUUUGUUUAUGGAA